AGAGCUCCACGGGCCAUCCUGUCUUGGUCAGUGGCGCUGCCAUGGUCGAUUGAGCCUUGCUCACUGUGCGCAUUUGUAUGAGCACAUAUCUCCAGAUAGCUCCGAGGUACGAAACCAUAUUCAAUAAAUGUAUACAUCGUAUAUCUAAACCUUUAGAGAGGUGUGUUUGUGGAUACCGAUAAUUUGUAACAGUUUUCUUCGGGCUAUAGAUCCGAUCUGAUCGUGUGUAGGGCCUACAUGGACACUUUUAUACAUUCGGACAUAUCGAUGAGAUAUAGGUUUUUGCGGACUAGGUGGACUAGGAGCGGAUGACAGCACCAUGGCUCCCCCCGGCUGAACUCUCUCGUUGCUAAGGAUACUUUUCGAUAAAGAUGGCUCAAGUUUACGAAAAAGUCGUCGCGACCAUCUCGAAACCUCCGCAAAAGAGGAAUUUGAAAGAGAUACAGGAUUUGUUGCCGUGGUUCUUGAAGAAAUCCGCUCUGUUUAAUUCUCUCAAGACUGACGUUGUGACUGACAUCAUCCGUAACUGUCAAUUCGUGACCAAACAUCCUGAUGACGUCAUCAUCAAGCAAGGGGACCAGGGAGACUGUUUCUACAUCAUUCUCAGCGGCAAGGUCGCCAUCUACAUCAACAAUGCCCUCGCAGAUGAGGACAAUCUCACAGGGACCGUUGAAGAGGAGAAAGAGAAAGCUGAGGAGGAACUCCUCCCUGGCGAGGAGAAGAAGAAGAAGAAAUUAGACCGGUCCCAGUUCGGCAAUUACAUUGCGCAAAUCGAUGCGGGUAAGAGCUUUGGAGAACUUGCUCUGAUCAGCAAAAGCUGCGUCAGGAACGCCUCAAUCAUCGCGGACGAAGUUACCGACUUACUGGUCGUCAAUAGAGACUUAUACAACCGUUCCCUCAGGGCUGCACAAAUAGCGGAGUUUGAAGAGAAGAAUAAAUUCGUGACCGAGAAUCCGUUGUUCGCCAACUGGCAGGCGAAGUUCAAGCGGCAGAUGGCCAUGAGUAUCGUGAAGCAGAAGGUACCUUAUGAUGGAUACAUCGUAAAGCAAGGAGACCCUGUGAUAGGGUUGUAUUUUGUUAUAAGGGGCCAAGCCAAAGUAGUAGUCGACCCAGGCCAUCAUGAAAGCCAGUAUCCGCAGUUCUUCCCAGUGGAGGAGUUCGAAACAAGUGAACGAAACGAAGAAUUAGAAGAAAUAUUAGUGUCAAGGAAAAAGAAGGAGAAGUCAUCAGUGCAACCAGAAACACCUCGACCCCCGACGACAGCCAGCCUCUCGAAACGGCGAAAGGAGACCGCGGACCAGAGGAGGAGACACAUGGAGAUAUGUGUGAUCGGGGAAAGGGAAAUUAUUGGUGAUGUCGAGUUGAGCCUUGACCUUCCAACUUACAUCUUUACCAUCCACUGUAUUCAAGACACAGAGGUCUUCUCCCUAGACUUGAAAAACUACGAGCGUCUGGUGACGAGAAAGAAUCCCUGGAGUAUACAGCUGAUGAAGGAUAUGGUAGCCAUCAAGCUGCAUUGUCGCAUACUACGCUUGGACAACGCAGUGCCAAUUCUAAAUGCCUUACUUCAUAAGCUCGACGAGGAGACCGCGUUACGGCUGAAACAGCAACAGCCGCAGAUUACCUCGAAAGAAAAACUCUCGCCGGCAGACGAGAUGAACCAAUUCAUUCCUCAGAGAGGACCUGUGAUUGACAUUUUUGGCCCUGGGACUGUGUUCUAUAGGAAUAGAAUGCGCGAGAAGGCGAAACGGGAGGCGAAGUCGAAACGGAUGUUUGGCGCACAUUCGUGGGACAUGAUGGCCCUCAAGGCUGCCGCCUCCACUGUUCUUCCGGCGCGAUUGCCCAACGCCCCUGCGGAUGAGGAAAGCGCGUCACCUGACGCUUUACCAAAAUUAGUACAGUUAGUUUGUAAUUAUGCUGACAGUGAUAAAAAUAGACUAGACAAUCAGCAAGAUAGUAUGAUCAGUGGCAGUGCUUUCUUAACGGAAGGUCAAUACACACAUAGUAGAGAUAACUUACAGUCGCAAGGAGACGACUAUGAGACUAGUGACAGUGCGCUGAGGACUUUAGAAGCCCGGAUGAAGCACUGGCACACUCUGGUGGACAAGAUAGAAUCUUCUGUGGUAGUGACCGUGAAUGAUGCGGUGCACGUACCGCCACCUAUGCUUCACCAUCAUCACCAGCAGCCAACGUCGGAAACGAGAGUGGUACAGUUAUACAGGUUUAGGAGGGAUGAGGCCAAGAAAAUCUCGCCGGGUAAGAAGGUUUUCAUCCGCAAAAGACGCCCAAAGCCGAUGGUGUCGGCGAGUGCGUAUAGGCGGUCAGCGGUGUCCGAUGACGAUGUUGAUGCGCGGAGAAAACGAAACGAAAACUGUCUUCCGGCGGGUCGGCGGAAAGCCAUGUCGGAGGGACACGGGAGUCAGCCGUCUGACACGGAGGGAGAAACGGACGACGAACAGAAAGCAGUGGUUUCCACCACCAAGCUUUCUCCCGCAUCACCAGCCAAGAAGCACCUACUUAGGCUUAGGAAGGUAGGCUCCAUCUGGUCGUUUGCGUGCACGCUUCAGCUCGGACCAACUUUUGAAGACGUAAGGCGGGUCCUUCUUCAGUGAAACGAUGACAACGUAAUAGCAUGGAUACCCCUGCAUGGUAACAGUAGAGCUAGUUGCUAAGGAUGUCGGUUGCCUAGCAACCAGCGUAUCCGUGGAAACGUCCUAUGGUAACCAAAGUAAUCUUGGAAACGAAAUCAAAGACAACAUAACAUGAUAUGUGUUCGCUGAGUGUAGCUAAUAGACAGCGGGUUAACAUUUCUAAUUCCUAUUUAUUGGCUCUGAACAACUGCGCAUAUCGGAUACGGUGCAGGGUCAGAAAAAAGCAAAAAUAUGCAUGAUGUAGGCUUUUCAGUGUAGGGGCCUGCAUGCAUUUGUAACAGUGAGCAUAAAAUCAUGAUACUACCUGGCUUGUGAUCGGAAAGUGCAAUCUAAUCGAAACAAGGCCAAUUCAGUAUUCUCGCAGCCAAAAUGCAAGAGCCAUUCCGGUCAAUGACAGCAUCUCCAUGUAAUGGAACGUAACCUAAUGAUGCUGCUCGCCCAUUCGGAGGUUCUGUUCCCCACAUGCUUGAUCAGUGCUAGUUGAUGGCGCUAAUAUCUUUACCUGACAUGUGGCUUCAGUGGCAGAGAUGGCGUCAGGACUGACGUACCGCUGAAGUUAGCACUUAACACUGCUUGAGUUACUGUGCCCUGAAGUGAAUAUGUAUUGUUCGACAUGUUGGAUUGCUCAGCGGGUGGACAUGUUGGAUUGCUUAGCGGUUGACAAGUGGCGCUCUCUAUUGACGAAUAUCGAGGAUUCAGUUGUCUUACCAUGGACUUUGCCCUGUUAUAAGUUGAAGCAGUUGAGAAUUGAAAAAGUGGUUUGCUUGCAAAAUGUGUUCUCGUAUUUUAUUACAAACAAAAUAUACAGAUACGGUCGAGUUUGUUGCCAUAAACGACAAAAUAAAAACAAAUCGUAUUAUUAGCUGUGAUGAUGGUUAGAUUUAGUUGUAUCUUGUCGGAUGGUGUAUGCAUGUAUAUAAUAAAGGAUUAUUUAUUCAGGACAGAUAUGUCAUUAUGUGGCCUUAAAGUAUUUUUUGCAACUGGACAUCCUGUUACAUGUUAACAUCUUCAU